AUGAUGCUCGGAAGACGCAGUCGUAGCGCCGCCUCGCUCAUGUGGCGCAGCUUCUGGAGAUCUCCAGUGAAUCAACUGCAGCGCACAAUAUCUACCACGGAUCUUUCCAGAUGCUCAGUUAUUCGAGAUGUGCGGUAUUUAGACACUGGCUCACUCGUGACCGUGGCGGGAUGGGUCAAGGCUGUGCGCAAACACAAGUCCGUGAGUUUUAUCAACGUUAAUGAUGGCUCGUGUUUGAGUGAUCUGCAGAUUACGAUUUCUGGAGAGGUUAUGAAGAUGGGAUUUGUCGAAGGAGGUCUUGGUGCUAGACUCAGUGAUAUCACAGUCGGCUCAAGCAUCUUCGCGGAGGGAGAACUCCAGGAGAUACAUGGGGGCAAGCAGAGACAAUUAGAACUGCACCCGAGUAAGCUCGAAGUGAUUGGAAGAUGCAACGCUAAGAAGUAUCCGCUGCAAAAGAAGUACCAUUCGCUUGAGUUUUUGCGUGAAAAUAUGCAUUUGCGAGCUCGUACCAACACAAUUGGUGCCGUCACACGUGUGCGCAAUGCUCUUGGACAAGGACUGCAUGCGUAUUUCCAGGAAAAUGAGUUUUUGCACCUACAUAGCCCCAUUCUGACCUCGAACGACUGCGAGGGAGCUGGCGAGAUGUUUCGUAUUGGCAAGAUAGGUGAAAAAAACGAGGAGUUCUUUGACACGCCGACGUAUUUGACCGUAUCAGGCCAGUUACAUUGUGAGAUGUAUGCCUGUGCAUUGGGUAAAGUGUAUACGUUCGGACCGACCUUUCGUGCCGAGAAUAGCAACACUACUCGUCAUUUGGCAGAAUUCUGGAUGGUUGAGCCUGAGAUGGCCUUUGCCGGACUUGACGAGUGUGUUUCUUCUGCGCAAGGUGCCAUUCAGCGUUCUGUAGCUCAUGCACUAGAAACUUGUGCAGAAGAUAUCGAGUUUUUUAACAAGAAGUAUGACAUGGAACUAGUGAAUCGACUAGAACGUGUUGUGGAAAAAGACUUUGUCCGCUUGACCUAUACUGAAGCUAUCAAGAUUCUCCAAGAAGCGGCGUCGGGUAGUAAGGGCAAAGUGUGUUUUGAGAAAGAACCAAAGUGGGGAAUGGAUUUGCAUACAGAGCACGAGCGCUUUCUUGCUGAGAAGUUUGUUAAUGGACCGGUCUUUGUGACAGACUACCCAGCGAAAAUUAAAGCGUUUUACAUGCGCAAGAAUGCAUGUGAUGAACAUGACCGUGAGACGGUAGCAGGAAUGGACCUGCUGGUACCAAAAAUCGGGGAGCUUGUUGGCGGCAGCGUUCGCGAAGAACGGUUUGAGGUACUGGAGAAGAAGAUGCGCCAUCUUGGUUUGAUUCCUGAGGAAAACCUUAAUGAAGACCUCAAUGAAGACGCGUUUGCUACUACAGGUGGUAAUCUCGAUUGGUACUUGGAUUUGCGCCGCUUCGGUUCCGUACCUCAUGCUGGUUGGGGCCUUGGCUUCGAGCGCCUUGUGCUUUUUGCCACAGGCAUGGAUAACAUUCGUGACGUGAUUCCAUUGCCGCGCUUUCCAGGUCAGUGUAAACACUAG